AUGUCCAAUCUCAACUCACUCCGCAUUGUCUUCACUACCUCGGGAGUAAGUGCGCCUCAGUCCACAUGUGAUGGUGUAUCUGAGAAUCAAUCAAACUCCUUGGAGUAUAUCAAGGUAUCAUUCAAUGGAACUACUUUCUAUGGAAGAUUCCUUCAAUAUGCAAUAUCAGAUGGACGUCCUUCAUACUCGAGGAAUGAGAUCAUCAACACCUCCAAGGACUUAACAUACUUUGGUAUACAUCUACCACAAUGUCAACAAUGUAUUGUUGAUCCAAACUUCUCUGCAUUAGUCUCAAAUGGAUUGGAUGAUAAUGAUGUCUUGUGUCCAAGGUCUGAAGAAGGAUUCCAAACAUGGAAGAUUGUAACGAUCGUUGUAGUCUUGGGUGCAUUUGUCAUCGCCGCCUCUUUAGGAACCAUUCUGUUUGUCAAGAGAUACAGGCACCACGUUCGAGAGCGCAAGAUAAUGGAGUCAAGGUUAAAGAACAUAUCCACGACCAAGUCUGAAUAA